AUGAGCAGCAACCCGACCUUCGCCCAGGCGCAGCAGCGCCUCGCCGAGCGCCGCGCCGCGCGCGAGGCCCAGGCCCAGGCACGCCUCGCCGCCGAGCAGUCCGCCUCCCAGCUGCGCGCCCGGAUCUCGUCGCACCCCUCCCCGCUCCUCCGGGGCCUCGGCGGCGGCGCCCUGUCGCUCUGGGACGCCGUGUCGUCGCCCGAGGGCACGCGGCCCGCCUUCCGCGUCGGCCAGGUCGACGCCGAGCUGCUGGACGAGGAGCUCGUGCAGCUCCUGCGGGACCAGGUCGGGGACGCCCUCAAGUACGUCGGCGGGCUGGGGAGCAACCUCAAGGAGGAGUGGUCCGCCGAGAUCCUGCUGGUCCUGCGCGCCGUGCUGUUCAAGCUGACGGUGUGGGACCACGACGCCACCUACGGCGCGGCGCUGCAGAACCUCAAGUACACCGACGCGAGGCACGACGGGCCGGUGCUGGUUCCGCCUUCGAGGCUGCAAAAGUCGCUCUACGGAUUGAUCACUGUGGGAGGGAAGUACGGCUGGACGAGGCUUGAGAACUGGCUGCUGAACCAGGACAACGGCUUCGAUGCACCGAGCCCACGGGCUCAGAGGUUGUCGCGGCUGACAUCCACGGCGGAGAAUGUCCAUUCUGUGGCGGCGUUUGGCUCGUUCCUCGUGUUCCUCCUCCACGGCAGGUACAGGACGUUACUAGACAGGAUACUGCGGAUGAGGCUGGCUCCACCCACCAGCCAGGUCAGCCGCGAAGUUUCUUUCGAAUACCUCAACCGACAGCUCGUCUGGCACGCGUUCACAGAAUUCUUACUCUUCGUCCUGCCGCUCAUUGGUAUAAAUAAAUGGAGGCGAUGGCUCAGCCGGACGUGGAGGAAGACGAAGAACGCCAUAUCAAGCGGCGGCGAUGGCGACAACGACGACAAGAAGGGCGAGUACUCGUUCCUGCCCGAGCGAACGUGCGCCAUAUGCUACCAGGACCAAAACACAGCGUCGUCAGAACAAGAGGUCCUGGCUGCAGCAGCGUCUAGCGGUGUGGUCGGCUCUGCGCAGACAGACAUCACGAACCCCUACGAGACAAUACCUUGCGGCUGUAUAUACUGCUUCGUCUGUCUUGCUACGAGGAUAGAAAGGGAAGAGGGCGAGGGCUGGACAUGUAUCCGGUGUGGGGAGCAGGUCAAAGAGUGCAAACCAUGGAGUGGAGACGUCCUCGAGCCUCCGAGCAAGUCGCCGACGAACAAGGCGGUCAUGUUUGCGGACGAUGUCAAGGACACUCAGACAGAGACAGAGAGUUCUCAGGCGGAGUAUGUCGACGCGGUCGAUGACCUGACCGAGUCGGCAUCGACGGUAAAGGCACAGAGCAGUGACGACGGCAGCUCUGAGGAUGGGGACUCGGAGGAAUACGAUGAGGAGGAAGGCGAACUCGGAGAUGACAUGGAGGGCUUUUGA